CGGGAGCGAGGGGAGGCCUCCGGGGCGCUGCGAGGCGCUGUGAGCCGAACCGGGGAAACGCAACAAGCGUCCCUGACUGAGCGCGAGAGGGGGGCGUGUGUGUGUGUGUGUGUCUCGUUCGUCUUUGGUGGCUGGCGGUGUGUGGGGAUUUCACCCCACCCCGCUCCGCCUGACGAGGAAGAGCGAGCGGCGGCAGCAGCAGGAGGAGGAACCGAAAGUGAAGCGGCUUCGGAGCAAGGGGAGGAAGCGGGUGUCGGGGCGGGCGCCGGCCGCUUGCGGGCCGAGGAGGACUCGGGUGGUUUCCCCCAUGAGGAAGAGGCGGGCCUGAGGAGGCCGACAUGUCCGACAACGGCUUCGACCGGGCUCCCGGUGCGGGUCGAGGCCGAGGGGGUGGGGCUCCUACGGCUCCAGAGAGCGGAGCCCGCUUGGGGAUGAGCGGAGGCGGAGGAGGCACCAGCAGCGGCGGCGGAAGAGGCUUCGGGGCUCCGUCGCAGCAGCUCCUCAAGCAGGGCUUCGCGCACCACCAGGAACCCCUCCGGCCGCCCAAGACGGCGCCCCCGGGGGCCGGCGCCGCCGCAGGUAUUUGGCCCGCCGCCGCUUCCUGCGCAGUCCCUUCACGCCCUCCCCUCCCACUUUCGUGUUUAUAUUAUUAUUAUUAUUAUUAUUAGUGGAAAUGGGGUGGCCGACCUCCCGGCAUAGCCUUGGCCCGUCGUCGGGAACCUCCUUCCUCGCAGUCGUAGCUGAGCAAGAGAACAUAGGAGCCAACUCCUAGGGGCCGGGAGGUCUUUUUUGCCCUCCCCCCAAACAAUAAAAUAUUUGAGGGGUUUCCCCCCAAGUUUAUGGGCUUUGCCAUUCCAAGGGUGUACGUGCACUGCGUAAUGUCAUCGAUUAUGCGGGGCGGGGCUUACCUGCGCCCCCCCCCACAUAUUUAUUUCAAGUUGGCACCCGUGGCAGAAAGUGUGCAAACCUGGCUGGGGUUGGGGAAAUGUGUGGUUUCCCCCUCUUCCAUCUCUACGACCCAUUCAGUCUCCCUCGGGUGAAUUUGGGGCUAUGCAGGGGUGCCUUCGGAGGGAGAUUGUGGUUUUUUUUGGGGGGGGGGAGACGAGAAAUCGUCGCUCCUCCCGCUUCAACCCUGUAUCUUGGCGUCUAGCGUCAUGCACCGCUAUUCCUCAAGAGCACCUCUAUUUCUGGCUGGCUCCGCAUACUGGGUGACUAUAUUUAUUUGCGUCGGCGGCCCUGCUGUAGUAAUUAUAUCACUGGGCUGUGUUGAAAUGCACCCUGCUGGUGUUUCUAUCUCUCCCAUCCACUCCUCCACCAAUGUUUUUGCCAUUUCAUCCCGAAUAGAUGCAGAGACGGCCCUUUGAACUUCGGGAAUUGAAGCCUGCAGUCCUUUGCAGAUUUUCUUUGGGAAUAAACCCCCACUGGCCAUGAUGAAGUUAGGACCCUCAUAGGGUAGAGACAUUAUUUUACUUCCUGAAGUCUCUUUGGUUAUUGGAAUGGCACCUCUGUUGUCCUGAUUUAAAUUCUCUGGGCAGGGACGAAGAAUGGGAUUAGGAUUAUUGCGGUACCAAGGGCUAGGUGAACUUUUAAAAAAAGAUUGGGAUGGUGUGUCAUCUUCCCUGCAUGCCCCAUCCUCUCUGUAGACUGUCCUUAAAUGCAGUCUGAAAUAGAUAUGUAUGGUUACAAACAAUGUGUCGAUUUAUAUUUGUGCAAGUUUGCUAGUGUGUAGUGCAGUAUAUAUAAUUUGACCUUCCCAUUCCAUUAAUUAGAAAUCUGGUCCAUAUAUGUUUCUCACUGGGUAGUAAGAUGGUACUGCUGAUUAGAGAGGAAUAAAAAGGUAAAGGUAAAGGACCCCUGACAGUUAAAUCCAGUCGCAAGUGACUCUGGGGUUGCAGCGCUCAUCUUGCUUUACUGGCCGAGGGAGCCAACAUUUGUCUGCAGACAGUUUUUCCAGGUCAUGUGGCCAGCAUGACUAAGCUGCUUCUGGCAAAACAAGAGCAGUGCGUGGAAACGCCGUUUACCUUCCCGCUGGAGCGGUACCUAUUUAUCUACUUGCACGUUUGACGUGCUUUCAAACUGCUAGGUUGGCAGGAGCUGGGACCGAGCAAUGGGAGCUCACCCCAUCGUGGGAAUUCGAACCACCGACCACAGCGCCACCCGCGUCCCAUAGUGAGGAAUAGGGCAGGGUAAAAUAAGAGCUUGUGUGUGGUUGUUUUUCUUAAGGUCAUUUUCCUAUCUGAAGUCUAGCCUCACUAAUUUGAAAGCAAGUUCUUGUGAAUUAAUACGAAUUCUUUUUAAGUAUAAACACUCAGGAUUGGGAUAGAUAGCAGCCCAGUCCUAAACAUGAUCAUUUAGAGUAAAUUCUGCAUAGUUCAGUUUAGUUGUGCAUAGGGUUGCAUUGAACCCAGUGAAACUUGCAUUAAAGUACCGUAUUUUUUGCCCUAUAAGACUCACUUUUUCUCUCCUAAAAAGUAAGGGAAAAUGUGUGUGCGUCUUAUGGAGUGAAUGCAGGCUGCGCAGCUAUCCCAGAAGCCAGAACAGCAAGAGGGAUUACUGCUUUCACUGUGCAGCGAUCCCUCUUGCUGUUCUGGCUUCUGGGAUUCAGAAUAUUUUUUUCUUGUUUUCCUCCUCCAAAAACUAGGUGCGUCUUGUAGUCUGGUGCGUCUUAUAGAGCGAAAAAUACGGUAGGCAUGUUUAGGAGAUUACGGUAAAAAUGUCUUUGAACUCUUCAUGGAGCUUUUGUGCCCAUGUGGAAAAGGGCUGUCAUGAAACUCAACCAACAUUUUAGCCAGUGUUAAUCUUGAUUACUAAUUCAAAAUGUAAAAAGCAACUAGUCAUAUGGGAAGAUGCAAGAAGGCUGACAUCCUGAAACAUGAGGAUUCAGCAGUAAAUUUAACUGAAAUCUGUAGUUGCUUCUAAGGAAGUUUCUUGUGUAUUUUUAUUUUUACCACUCUUCAAUUUAAAAUGUUCAGGGCCAUUAUAUAGGGCUUAGACUUUAAAACUGAGCAAGGUGGCAAGAUUCCCACAUCUUGUGUACUGCAUUUAAAAGAAGUUGUUGCCUUUGAGGAAGCAGCUACACAGUAAAUUAGGAAAGCAGAAUAUGUCAUCAGCUGUAAAUAAGUGCGUCGCCUGCCUUAACCCUAAAAUUUAGGACAGACAACAUAUUCAUUAAAAAGCUUAGUUUGUAAACUUCUUGAGACAGAGUUGCUUAUGCCUGCCAUCCAUAACAUAGAAUAUACAUUGAUGAUACGAUAUACUUAAUUACCUGUAUGGGUUUAAUCCAGUUGGUGCCCUUGAUUCAGCAGGAGUUAUCUGGUAACAGAGAGGAGGUGAUUUUUGCUGAUCUGUCAUAUCCUUUUGAGUCUCUGACACCCUUAAAAUCUGCUGCCGGGGGGGGGGGGAGUUUAGGGGACACUCCAGAACAUGUUUCUGGAGAUUGCAGGCGACAGGGAAAUGAGCUGAAAUCUCCUCUCCUCUGUUUGCUGACACCUUUGCUGGAGCAACAGCAACAGGAGGACCAAUUGGAUUCUACCCUAUGAAUUAAAAUGCCGCCUUAAAUACAAUUAAAUACAUUUCUCCACCAACAGAAAGACUGACACAUGUCUGCUAUUUUGUCUGAAAUGUGGCAAAAAGGCUUUAUACUUAAUAAAUACCUUAAAUUUUGAAUAUUUUUCCUCUUAUACAUGUCUAGGAAAAAGGUUUAUGUUUUGGUAAUGCAAAACUUUGCUUUAUUCUGUGUAAUCUUCAGUGCAUAGGAAUUAUUUGUUAUUUGUAAGGGGUGCACAAGAAGCUGUCAUGGUAAGACCUGUUGACUUAAGGAGUGUGAGAUACAUAAAUAUAUACACACACACAAACAAGAAUCUUUAUUUACGUUCUGAGGCAAAGCUAUGUGUAAGAUUCCAGAUUCAAGCUCUGUUUGAAUUGAAAGAACGGGGACAGCCUAAUGUCUUCGAUAUCUAAUGCCAAUUAAUUCAGGUUUUUUUAACAGUUACAUUCCCCAAUUAUACCUUUUAAAAAAAAAUGUGAUUAUUUUAUAUUCAGUUUUUAUUUUAAAAAAAUGCAUCCCAGAACUUCUUUGAAAUGCAUUCUAGUGGCUAGGGAAUACAGAGGUUAUAGUAAAAUCUUCUGUGUGAUCCAAGAGAGCUAUGGUGGGUUACCAGAUAAUGACACUCCAGUCUUAAUAACUAGCUAAAAUCUAGGCAAUAACAGAUUGACUGAGUGGAGGACUUGUUCAGAUCCCCAUUUCAGUACCACUUAAUAGACAAUCAAUCAUCAGUAGUGUAGACUCAAAUGUUCAUUGAUUUUGUUUCUCUGUUCACAAACUUCCUACACUAGGGGUUUCCUGACUGGUCUGUGGACCACCAGUGAUUCACAAGCUUCAUUCAGGUGGUCUGCACUAUGUCAGCAUUAAAUAUUCAUAUUGAUUUGUAAUUGUAUUUUACUGCUUCUUUUAUUUCUUAUGGUGUAGUAUUGUAUUACAGUUUGAAGUCGUUCAAACUGUAAUACAAUAAAAUCCAAUAUAAGAAAUAAAAGCAAUUAAGAAAGCAAUUAAAAAUAAUGCAGUUAUCUAGCACAGCGUAUUGCAAUAGCUAUAACAGGCAGGAAAUAUUUAGUGGUCAGCCAAGAUGCUCAGCAGUUUUCAAAUGCUCUGUGCAAUAAAAUAUUCAGGAACCACUCUUUUUGAUUCUUAGUGUACAAUCCAGUGGUUCCUGGGAGUGCAUCCCAGCGGCCAUAGGAUGAAUUGGAUCCCUCCUGCUUAAGUCAGAAAGGGAGAUCUGAGGUUAAGGGUUUAGUUCUCCAGUGCUAGAAGCUCCUCUGAAGUCCUGGCCCAACUGAUAAGGGAGCUUCAACCCAACAUUGCUAGCAUCAAACAGGUGUGUGCCAGGUGAUUCUAAGAAAUUGCUUCAAUCCAAUGACCUCUUGGCCCCACAACUUGGCCCCAAAUUGGAACUGAGGGUGUCCAGAUCUCUCCCUCACCUUAUCCUCUUGUUAUUACUAAUGAGGGAGGGGAAACAAGUUUUUUAAAAGGCAUUUCCCACUGACCUGUGCUGGAAAUGAGUGGAAGGGCACUCCCUCUGUUCUGCCCUGCAACUUGAGCCCAGAAGGGCAUAGGAUGAGAUGAUAGAACUGCCUUUGAAUUUAGCUCUCUGUCUCUCUCACACCAUUUAGGAUUGCGGGCUUCAACUAUUAAUGAUUGAUUGGACUUUGAGUGGGUUCUUUUUCUUUCUUUUUUCUCUUUGAGAUUAAAUCUUCUCUGAAUUUCACUCUCCCCCCUCCCCUGCAUUUUUCCUCAUGUCAUGUUUUUUUAGAUGAUGAGCCAGUAGGCAGGGACAUUUUUCUGCUAAAGGGCAGGGUAUAAAUUUUAUUCUCACAUUUGGAGUUUUCCUGAUGUGGUAUGAUGCAGCUCUUUGUAACUUUAUGAACACCAUGUAUAUUAACAGCCACCUAUACGCCUGUGGCAAGAACUGUGUCUAAAUUGCAUAUCUUCUCUAGUAAAGGAAUAAAGUCAUCUCUCAGCUGUCAUAGAACUGCCUUGUGUUUAAGAGACUGCACUACAAUGAUAGUAAAGUCUUUUAAUUCUUCCUAUCUUUAAAACUGAGCUUAGUUUCCUUUUUCCAUGGUUGACCCUGACAAAAGUGAUUUAUUUAAGUGCUAGUGGUUGCAUAAUGUCAAUAGUGAGAAAGAGAAACAAUGAGCAGAAGAGCAGGGAUGCCAACAAGAUUUUGGGAGCCCAGUACACUGUUGGGGGGUGUAUUUAAAAUGACUUCUGGCUGAAACAUGCAAACUCAGUUUCUUCAUAUUUUAAAUUUUCAGAACAGGCAAGAGCUACAUCUUUACCAGAAAAAAAUAGUUCUAAAUCAGGAAUGGCUAAACCUCAGGUGGUUGUGGCUCCAGUGAUAAUAUCAAAGCUUUCUGUGAAUGCACCUGAAUUUUACCCCUCAGGAUAUACCCCUAAUCUUACAGUAAGUAUUUAGCCUCCUCUCUCUUCCAUUUCCAAGCAAGUGAGGCCAAUGUGAACAUUCUGCUAGACUUGUUAAUCUUCUUUGUAAGAAAUGACUUUGAUCUUGGAAGCUGAAACAUUCCAUCCCAUAAUUUCUCUUGGUGUUUUAGAGAUCCUUAAACACCAAAUGGUUUAAAAUGAAGAAAUCUCCCGCCCAUAGACACUUCAGUGCUGCUGUUUGUUUGCAACUUUUGAUUUGUCUAAUAGUAGGUCAGCUAGACAAUCUGUAAGCAACAUUCAAUUUGCUGAAAUUUUGAGAAUGCCUUAGGGACGCCUUGAAAAAGUUUGCUCUUGAAUGACAUGGGGUUUUGUGGAUAAAGCCUUCUAAUAGGCCUUGGCUAUUUAAAAAUAUAUGUAUUAGUAGUGUGUAUAUGUAAAAGUAUACACUUCACUAUAUCUAGCUGACUGAUCUGAGAGGACAGCCUCUCCCUCUUUUUUGAUUAUGUGCCAGUACUGCACACAGCACAUUAUUAAUAUUAAUAAGAGUGCUAGUAUACUUGACUUCAAAUACCCUUCCGUAAAACUAAGUAUCUUUUGCUAUCAUGUAACACAUGGGUUGCCAUUGUGGAUUUGGGGAGAGCUAUAAGUUGGAAGGGGAGGCAGAAAGUCCAUUUAUAUACUGUGUCUGAUCUGUAUGAAAAUAUCAGCUUGCUUGCUUUUUUGCAGUAGCAUCUCUGAACAGCAACAGUGUUUACAUUUUAUAUAUGCACAUAAUAAUUACAAAAUGAAUAAAUGUAGAAGAUUUUAGUUGAGGGAAAAAUUAGCUAAUUAGAGUGUGCGUGUACACACAAAUAAAUUCCAAUGCCAUUGCAACUGCCUAGCUGAAACAGCUCCUGUUGAGUGAAUUGGGCAUCCUGUGCCUGUGACAUACCACCCAGUCUUGUUGUUAUAUAUUAUUUUACAGUAGCUAUAAUUUAGCUGUAAUUCACCAACAGCAAGUAUUCAUGGUGUGUGGACAGGACAGCAUGGCUCACCACAACAAGAUUGUUAACAAGGCCCCCUAGUAGAACUUUAUGCCCAGUUUAAGACUGUUCCAGGGUUGUGUGUUUUUUAAACUUCAGAUUGCUUUAUUUAUUUAUUUUGCCUUCCUUCCGCUAUUAUUGGUAAAUAUAAGUUGUUGAAGCCAUUUGAAUGAGAACUGAUAAUAAGUUUAAUUCCAAAGCUGACUAUAAUCGCUUUUAGGAAUCUUCUUUGGAAGAUGGUUGUGAUGGAUUUCCAACUCUAACAGAAUAUGUGCAGGACUUUCUCAACCACCUUGCAGAACAGCCGGCUUGUUUUGAAACUGAAAGAGCACAUUUUUCAGAAACUGUAAAUGCUUGUGUCACUACAGAUGAAGCAUUACAAGAACUUGUUGAGCUCAUAUACCAACAGGUAGAGUGUGUGUAUAUAUAUAUGUCAUGUUUGAUGGACAGGUUGCAUAAUAUAUAUAAAAUAUCUACAUGAAUUUCUAAUCUCACAGAAACAUGGGAUACAUCAUGUUUGCUUUUAUUAAAAUAAAAUAAAAGAUUGAGCCAUUAGGAGCUUUUGAAGAUCUGGAUGUUAAUUGUUUACACUAGAGAUGAAGCUUUUCAUACAAUUGUAGAUUUAGAAGGGACCUCAAAGGUCAGCUACUCCAACCCCCUACAAUGCAGGAAUCUCAACUAAAGCAUCCAUGACAGAUGACUAUCCAACCUCUACUUAAAAACCUCAGAUGAAGUAAAGUUCACCACCUCCUGAGUGAGACUGUUCCACAGAGCCACUGAUAGACUCGGUUCGAGAGGAGGAGGGGCUGGCUGCACCCGAAUCCCCUCGGAGCAGGAGGAAGAGCCGGGUACUGGGGCAACAUCAUCCCAGCAGGAGGUGGGGCAAAAAGUGGAGGGUGUCCUGCUGGUGCAGACAGUGUCAUCCAUUGGGACCAACUGGUUCAUCCAGUGAAGAGUGAGCUAGGAGAGCUCGGACUGCAGCUUCUGUGUAAUUACUAAAUAAAUCUAAAUGUGUGGGAGAGACAUUGUAAAACCCAACAGAAUCUUCUUUCUUGCAACUUGAAGCCAUUGGUUCAAGUCCUGCCCUCCAGAGCAGGAGAAAACAAUCUUGCUCCAUCUUCUGUGUGACAUCCCUUUAGAUACUUGAAGAUGCCUGUAAUAUCUCCUCUCUGUCUCCUCUUGUUCAGGCUAAACAUAACCAGUUUUCUCAACCGUUCCUCAUAGGGCUUGGUUUCCAGAACCUUGAUCAUCUGGGUUGCCUUCUUCUGCACACUUUCCAGCUUGUCAGUAACCUUAAAUUGUGGUGUCUAGAACUGAGGACAGUAUUCCAGGUGUGGACUGACAGGGGCAGAAUAGAGCAGGACUAUGACUUAUGUUGAUUGCGACACUAUACUUCUUUUGAUGCAGCCUAGAAGAGUGUUUGCUUUUUUGCAGCUGCAUCACACUGUUGACUCAUGUUAAGCUUGUGGUAAACUAAGACCUCUAUAUCCUUUUCACGUUUACUACUGGCAAUCCAGGUGUCCUCCAUCUUAUGUUUGUGCACCUGAUUAUUCCUGCCUUAGUGUACAUUUGUCCCUAUAAAAAUUCAUUUUGUAAGUUUGGGCCCAAUUCUCCAAUCUGUUAAAGUCAUUCUGAAUUCUGAUUCUAUCUUCUGCAGCAGUAGCUAACUCUCCCAGUUUGGUUUCAUCUGCAAAUUUGAUGAGCAUCCCUUCGAUUCCUUCCCUCAAAUCAUUUAUAAAGACGUUGAACAAUUGUGGGCCCUGCAGUACACCACUUGUCACUUUUUUCCAGGAUGAUGAGAAACCAUCACUUGUGGUUCGGUCGGUCAACCAGCUACAAAUCCACCUAAGAGUUACCUUGUCCGGCACACAUUUUACCACAAGAAGAUAAUGGGGGACUUUGUGAAAAGCCUUUCUGAAAUCAAGAUAAGACUACAUCCACAGCAUUCCCCUGAUCCACCAAGCUUGAAACUCCUAUCAGAAAAAGAAAUGAGAUUCAUCAGGCAUGGCUUAUUAUUGAGAAACCCAUGCUGGGUCUUAGUUAUCACAGCAUCCUCUUCUUAGUGCUCACAGACUGACUGUUUAAUUAUCUGUUCUAGGACCUUUCUUGCUAUCAGUGUCAAGCUGACAGGUUGGUAGUUGUCUGGACCUCACCUAUUAUCCAAGUAUUCUCAAAGAUUAAAGACAAAGGCUCAGAGAUUACAUCUGCAAGUUCCUUUAGUAUCCUUCAGUGCAGCUCAUCAGGCCCUGCAGAUUUCAAGUAGCUGGGUAUUCCCUUCCCACUUUUUCCUAUAUUAGGCUGCAGCUCUCUCCUUGCAUCAUUUAUUCUGUUAUUGGCAGGCUGUACACUGCUUUCAUUUUGGGAAAGACAGAGGCAAAGUAGGUGUUGAGCAAUUCCAUCUUUUCUCUGUCACCCAAUAGCAUUUGUCAAUCAUCUCCAUGCAAAGGAACUACUACUUGCUUGUUCUUCUUCUUGCUUUGAACAUAGCUGAAUAAACGUCUUUUGCAAGCCUGAGUUCAUUCUGAGCUUUGACCCUCCUAACUUCCCUGCAACUGUUGCCUAGUCAUGUAUACCCUUCCUUUGUGAUUUCCCCUUACUUCCAUUUCUUAUACAUGCCCUUCUUACACCUCAGCUCAUCUGUGAGCUCCUUAUGCUACCCCACUGGUUUCUUCAGAUGCUUCCCACUUGUUGGAAUUGUCUGCGUUUUGUGCCUUCAAUAUUUCACCUUUAAGAAACUGCCAUUCGUCUUUGAAUCUUUCUGGCCAUGGAAUUUCACCCAGCAGUUCCUUAAGGCUUUUUUUAAUCAAGCUUCUUAAAGUCCAGAGUGCAUGUCUAACUACAUUCAGCUUUGCCAUUCCUCUGUACAAUGAAACCCAAGAGACCAUGAUCACUUCCUUCCAUGGUUCCUAGUACUUUCACUUCAUUGAUCAGCUCUUCCUUGAUAGUGAGGACCAACUCCUUGCAAUUUUGCCAUGCAGGUUUAAAAUAGUGACAGAAAGGUGUGUGCCUUUGAAUAUUAGGCUGCAGAAUGAGGAUUCUCGCCCUGUUUUUUAAAGUCUGGUAUGAAGGAAACCUACAUUCUGUGAUAUAGCUUAGAAAUAUUUGUUUAAUCUUCACUGAAUGUAUUUUAGUACACAAAGCAAAUGGAAAAGGGUAACUAACUCUUAUAUCCAAAGUAUUAUUUUUUUCCUUUUGGGGGGCAGUUCAUUUGCCUUAUGAAACCUUACUGUAACCUACUUAAAAUUCCAGGAAAUGUUUUAAAAAUAGAAUAUUAGUUCCAGUUUCAGUUCUCUUAGUGUCAUAUUUCACUGAAUAAUAAGCUAAGGUCAGGGCACGUGUAAAUGCCAAUUCAGAAAUCAAAGUUUAAGUAGGACUUCUUAGAUACAAAAUAGGAAAAUACCUCAUUGAUCCCUUUUUUCACUUGCAACCUUCUCCAGUUUUUGUUUACUGAGAUGUAAGGCCUUCUAUGUUCAAUAUGGCCUACUCCAAAGGAAAUACGUAUUGCUUUCUGAGGCUACUUAAUGUUAUUUUUGCAAUAUCAUUCCUUACUUCUGUUAGUUGGCAUUUCUUUUAGCGUUGAAAAAUGCAGUUCAAGCCAAGGGCAUUAUGUACUUUUGUCUUACUAGCCAUACAUCCAAACCGGAAGAUGACCCAAUUAAUUUUAAAGGCUGAAUCUUUAAAGCAGAGCUUUCCAAACUUUUCAUGUUGGUGACACACUUUUUAGACAUGCAUCAUUUUGCAACACAGUAAUUCAGUUUUACUAGCAAAACAGAGGUUAAACUAACCCCUUUCCAGCCCCGGGACGAGCGCAGGGAGCGUUUGCGUGACACCUACACACUGCAGCCGACACACUAACAUGUCACGAUACAGUUUGGAAAGCUCUGCUUUAAAGAGUGUCCACAACUUGAGAUAGAUAUCUGCCACUUUGCUAACAUUACAAUGUAUCCUGUAGUUGUUUUUAUAUUUCAAAAUGCACUGGUUUUUGAAUCUCUUUCUGCUCCUGGUAUUGUAUAAAUUCAGCUAGAUAAUAUUUACUAUCAAAUGUUGAGGAUGUAGAAGAUGUCUUUCUGCCAAAAACGAAUUUGAAACCUCAUGGAAGUUUUGAAAAUGAGGACAGAGACCUUGAAUUGAACUCUUUAUCAAUUAGAGGACUCAGUACAAAGAUAACUCACAACUACUUUCUGAGAUGGCUGUGAGUGGGAGGGUAGCAGGGUUGCAGCUGUGGGACUUAAGGGAAAAGCAAGGAACUAAGUAUUUCAAAGGCCAAAAUUAUACCAAGGGGGCACAUGAGUAUAAGAACGGAUGCAUUAUAAUAAAUAAGAACUGAGUUAACUGACACUUAGAGGAGGCCUAGCUACUGGUGGUUGUUGGAGCCUUUAAAAAACAAUCAGUGAUUUCUGGUUAGCUGAAUAUUGUUCUUUUCACAUUCUUGUGGAGGGGUCAAGGAAAAUAUUUUAAGUACAAGAAAUCCACAGCAUUUUGUAAUUUUAAUUCCAAUUAUUCUUUUGUUUGAAAGGCUACAUCUGUUCCAAAUUUUUCUUAUAUGGGAGCAAGGCUGUGCAAUUAUCUUUCUCAUAAUCUCACCAUUAAUCCACAAAGUGGCAACUUUAGGCAAUUACUGCUUCACAGGUCAGUAUCUGUAUUUUUAUGACAUUAAACAGUCAUGUUCAAAAUUGGCUUGAUUUUCUUGUGUUUCUUCGCUGCUUAAACAUCUGAUUCAAAAGCUUGCCCAGUGGACUACCAGAACAAUUUUAUGUGUUGCAUAAUUAUAUUCUGCCCCAAUAAAUCAGAGGCAUUUUGGGAUUUUUGCUUCAUUUUGCUUCAUUUCUUAUCUCCACCUCUUUUCAAAUGUUUUGGCUGGCAUGUUCUAGUAAGUAAAACUUACAGAGUUUAUAGUAAUGAAGGAGAAGCUGCUGACAGUCAACCAGCCUUAAUUUAGUCUGUGUAUAUUCUAUAUUCUCUCCAUGUUUCCAAGAGUCCCAGCUUUCAUUUUUAAUCCAAAUUUCUAGCCUGCAUAAUUGCAGAAAGCAAACCACCUGAAAUUUUUUUUAGAUAAACAAUCCAUUGUUUUCCUCCCCCACCCAACCAAGAAUACAUUUGUGUGUGUAUCUCUAAGUCUUCCCAUGCUUAUAAAAAUACCAUAUAUAUAAACUUAACUGCAACUUGUAUAACUUAGUGGGUAAAGAAGCUGGGUGCCUAUAGUGCUGAAGUUCAGCUUUUUUAUUCUAACAAAUGAAAAGUGAUGAAUAUGCUUGGACAUUCAGCUGGUAUAUUUUCUCUGGGUGGAAUUCAAUGUUGCCCUAUUACAAACGUUCCAUCUGUGUAAGCGUUUCAGCAUGCAUUCACGGGCACAGUUGGGAUGGGUCUCUAGUAAUCUGGGGAAGUUUUGCCUCUUCACAAAUUUCUCUUCGACAACAUCUCAUUUUAUAUUGCAUUAUAGAUCUCGGUGGAAGCUAUUGACAAGUGAGUCAUUCCUAGCUGCAUAUCCCUUUCUUAAUCACACCGGAGUGUAACUGAACCCAGAAAUAUAUAGCUAAAUAUAUGAAGGGUGCAUUUAAGUUAAUGGCAGUGAUCUAUUUGAGUAGUGAACAACCAUAUUGACGAAAUGAAGCCUUGGAUACGCAGUUGUUUCAAUUAUAUGCCAUCCCAUUUUAAUCUAUCCUUUGCCUAUUAUUCCCCAUUAAUGCUGGCUUUUAACUGCAGGUUUUAAAUGUUUUUGUAUGACUAGAACUGACUGACGUUGAGAAUAUUGCUGAUUAAAACAUGUAUUUUCUAGGUGUCGAAAAGAGUAUGAAAAUAGAGAUGAAGCUGCCAAAGGAGAUGAAGCUGCACGGAAAAGAUUUCAUGCAUUUGUGCUAUUUUUAGCUGAGCUUUAUCUAAAUCUAGAGGUAAAGGGAUUUGGUUUAAAAAAAAUCAGACUAGCGGUGAGAAAAGGAUCUAAGCGUACAUUUUGACUAUAAGUCAAAAGUGGUAAAAAUCUAAAAAUAAGUAUCAUACCUUUAGCUUAGAAUUCUCUUAUUUAUUGCAUAAUUUCAGUAAAAUUAUUAUUUCUGUUAAAGUGUCCAAAUCCUUGUUGAAACAUCCAAGUGCCUUUUGCUUACUUGCCAAAACACUGGAUGGUGUGAACUAUAUAUUCCUUAAUGAGCAGUUGAGUAGAAUUCUACUACUAUCCUUUAUCACUUUAUUUCCCUAAACAAAACUGCUAUACACUCGUUUAUUCUUAACAUGAAGCAUUUUAUCCUGGUUAGAAAGAGCUCCCAUAACCAAGUCACCAUUGGUAAGAUGGUCCCUGCUCUGAGGCUUACAGUAUAAAAUACAUGAAGGAAAAAGGAUCGGAAGGGCAGGGGCUUCGAGCAAUAUUUCCUAGUUAGUUCUUCUAAUGACCAUCUAGAAUAGAAAGCGUUUGAGGCCAAGAGGAGUCAAAAGUUGUUGGGUCCUUCAGCAGAACUGAUGGAGAGACCUACAUUCCCAGCUCUUUCCCUCUCAUGUAGCCUGAUGGAAUGGCUGCUGUAGAUGACAAGGUUUAGUCUAGUUUCAUUGUAGACUGAAGUAUUUUCUUUCUUUUCUAACCAAAACUGAGAGUUUAAGGGAAUGGCCCAGAAUAUUCUUGAGGAUUAUUCAGACAGUAAAGUUAAUCCAAAAUUAUUAGGUGAUUAGGAAUGCUAGCAUGAAUGUAUCAAUUUCUAAAUACUUUAUCUGCCAGCCAGCUUCCUAGAAUUAGGCUUCUUAAGCCUAAGUAAUGUAGUGCAAUUGGCAAAUAAAGUAUUUAGUGUAGUUAAGUAGCAUUGAUUUCAACAAGCUAUUAUAAAAGGUGGCUUUAAAUUUCCUCUUAGCUAUUCAAGUGUAAAAAAUCAUUAUUCCUGAUUUAGCAAGCAGGCAGAAUAUAUAUAUUUGCAGAACAAAGUAGUCUUGCUGAUUUUUAAAAGGGGGAGAAGACUUACUGAUGCCGAAAAGAAACAUAAAGAAAUGGCUCCCCAAAGCCAGAAAAGAAAGGGGAGGGAGUGUGUUAUUUAGCCACAUUCUUAACAGGGAGGAAAGUGCAAUGCUAAAUUUUCAGAAAGAGACCCUCAGGUGGUUUAGCAUAGUGCUGUCUCUGCUAUUGGCCUUUCUUUGGUCUAUGGGAGGAGCAGAGUGGUUUGUUGAAAAAGGAAAGGCAGUCUGCAUCUACUCAGGGCAUUUUUACUGUGUUCUUCUGGGCUAGUAAAAGUAUUUUUUACUUUCUAUCCCAGAUAUAAUGUAUAGACCCCUGAUCAUGGGCUUUGGGUUUAUGGUUCUGUAAGCCGCUAGUUUUGUAUAGGAAAAUACAAUUCCAGACACUUGGGUUUAAAUGACUUGCAAUAUUUUUAAUUUUGAAGUCAUCAAACCAGUGGUUCCAAACUACACUAAUUUUAAUGGCAUGUAAACAUUCAUAUGUGCAUUUUUAUAGGUAAAAGGAACUAAAGGUCAGCUAACCCGAGCAGAGAUUCUUCAGACUGGACUUCAUGAAUUACUGAACACCCUUUUCUCUAAUCCUGUGGACAACAAUUUAACCUGUGCGGUGAAACUACUGAAAGUAUGAUGUUUUCAUUAUUAAGAGUUGUUUUCUACAUCAUACUUGAUCUAAUCAGGGUGCCCAAACUUUUUUCAAAGAGAGCCAGAUUUGAUGAUGAUGAUGAUGAUUAUACCCCGCCCAUCUGGCUGGGUUUUCACAGCUUUCAACAAAAUAUUAAAAUACAGUGGUCUGUUAAACAUUAAAGGCUUCCCUAAACAGGGCUGCCUUCAGAUGUCUUCUAAAAGUCUGGUGGUUGUUCUUCUCUUUGUCAUCUGGUGGGAGGGUGUUCUACAGGGCGGGUGCCACUACCGAGAAGGCCCUCUGCCUGGUUCCCUGUAACUUGGUUUCUUGCAGUGAAGGAACUGCCAGAAGGCCCUCAGCACUGGACCUCAGUGUGUGGGCAGAACAAUGGGGGUGGAGACACUCCUUCAGGUAUACUGGAAUUCAGAAUGUGAUUAAUCAUAAAAAUAGGUUUCAAGAGCAUUCAACCAGUGGUGUGCAAAGCUUGGUGGUUUUAUUAUCUCCCCUACUAUGGUGACUCUAACAGAAGAAUAAAGAGAUCUAUGCAUUAGGCUGUUACAUAUGUGUGGCAUAAUAAAUACUGGAAGAACAUCCAAGCAGUUUCUUGUUUCCAUAGAAGGAUAUCUAAGUAGCUUAGAUUUGCAGGGUGAGGGGUUUCGAUGCUGCUUUUUUAUUUUUAUGCUGCUUUAAGAGUUUUAAAUAUUAAGCUUUUUAAAUGCAUUUAAUCAAUUAAAUAAUUAAAAAGUAUUAUGAAGGCCUUCAUCACAGACCCAGUGCUUGCAGAAAAGUCAUUAACCUUCAAGUCACAUUUUGAAAAUGUCUUCUAAUAGUAUGUAUUCUUUAGUUGACAGGCUCAGUACUAGAAGAUGCAUGGAAAGAAAAAGGAAAGACUUAUAUGAAUGAAAUGAUACAGAAAAUUGAAAAUGUUGUCUUGGAUGCAAAUUGCAGCAGGUAGUGAGAAAAUCAUUGCUUCCUAGCUUUCCAUUUGGGAUGAUUACUGUUCUUUGCCAUCUCUUAAGGUGGAACAGCUUUUAAAGCUUUCUGAUCAUUACUGUAGUUAAGAAUUGUUGUUGUGGUAUCUUUAAUACAACUUGUGCUGAAAUUUCUGACGUGGUUUAAGUCAUACUGCUUUCAAAUAGAUCAGUCUUUGGUAAUCAGUGGGUGGAAUCCAACUGAUGCCAUUAUGCUCACUGAUACGCUUUUGAUCCAGUAGAUGCCUUCACUAAUGGAAGGAGAGGGGAGGCAAUUUUAGACAAUUCUCACUGCUGCCUGCAUCAUCCAGCACCCAAAAAAGGCACUCCCAGAGGAACAGCACAUCAGCAAAAAUAGCCUUCCCUUCUCUUCAGGGGUGUGGUUGUGCUCACCAAUGUCAUGUUUGUGUUGAGAGUAUUGACUUCAAAUUCAAAGUUGAGAUCUUCAGAUGAAGAGUGGUAUAAAAUUUAAUAAAUAUAUAAAUGUAAAUGAUUACUUUCCAAAUUAAAUUGUCUUUGGCAAUUAGUUAAAACAUUGUUUUAAAUUGAGUUCAUGAGCAGCUGUGAAUGAAUGAGCAACAGGUAUCAGUUUUGUUUUGUUUCUCCCUUAUGUUGUGAUUGCAAGCAGUGAGUAAACUACUCCCUCGUGUUGGAAAUGCAGUGAGUUUUAUUAUGUACUUUCUUUUUACAGAGAUGUAAAGCAUAUGCUUCUGAAACUUGUAGAACUACGGUCAAGUAACUGGGGAAGGGUGCAUAUAACUUCAACAUACAAGGAAGCAACUCCAGAAAACGACCCUAAUUACUUUAUGGUAAUGAAUAGUUGUGUUUCCUCUUGCUUCAGAUGCAUUUAUCAGACUAUGUAUAAAGUACUGAUAAAAUGUGGAAGUAGUUACUGAUAAAAACAAUCAUAUUUUGAUUUCAGAAUGAACCAACAUUUUACACAUCUGAAGGUGUGCCUUUCACUGCAGCAGAUCCAGGUAUGUCAACAACUUGAUGCGGGGGGGGGCAGUUAGGUAGAAAUUAUCUGAGGAGCUCAUGAAGUCUGAUAUUAAGGAAAACCUCUGUAAAAAUGUACAGGCAACUCCCGUUUUAGGCGCGACCAAUAUAUGCACCAUCCUGCACACAUGCACAGCACUGAACCCAGAAGUGACUUCACUGAAACAUCACUAAAGGUGUGGGGCAGAAUGGGGUUUUAGCAGGCUUUUUGAGUGGGUUUGCAAUUUCAUGCAAGCGCACAAUGACCCCGAAAAAAACCUCUGCACAAAUGGGAAGUUUCCUGUAUUAACAUUAGGUGGAAUUCAACAUUAAACAAGCUUGCCGCUUGACAGAUGGAACAAUCACCCCUUUCCUCUUCCCACAUACUGUUCUGGGUGUUCUACACGCGCACACACACACACACACACACACACACCCCUGAGCCAGUUUAAGAAGGCCGGGGGGGAGGGGGAGUCCCAUUGCUCAGGCAGAAGCCCUUGCACAGGGUUUCCACUAAAGGGGCUCUCUUAGUGAAUCCCACCCAUAGCUUUAAUGUUAGUUAUGGAAGGAUUAGAGGGCACACCAGUCAGGAAGCUAAACAAGAGCUUUGUUAUCACUCCCUCUCCAACAAGAACAGAACAGCAAGGGAAACCCUUGACUCUGGCCAGGUACCUAAACAGUAGCCCUGUUCAGGUGUUAACACCUGACUAGGGAAUGGCAACAUGAGUAGCGGUAGUGCACUCCACCCUCAACCACGUAAGUGCCACCGCUAGCCUUCCCAUGUUGAAGAGGAAAGUCUGAAAGUGGUCAACUAAGUGUUCAACUGGACUUGCUUAGAAGCCCCCUGCAGAUCUUCCUGCUCAACAUGGGAAGGCUGGGAGUGAAACUGGAAUGCAGAACCAUUACAGCUUUUCUCAUUUGUUAGUGAAUUAUUGGCAACAAAUUAUAGGAUUGAAAUAAAGUUUUUCCUCUGUGAUUGCUGUGAAUCGAAGCCUUGUGGUAUUCUACCCCUUUCUUGGUUCUUGCACCAUUUUUCUUUCAUGAGAGUGUAAAUUUGUAUCAUUGCAUCUGCUUGCUGAAGCAGCUUGUUAAUUUCACCUAAUCUUCUUAACCUUAUGUUGAUGGAAUGGAGUGCAACAAAGUGAUGUGCCUAAAAUCUUGUAAGUGGUUCUCAAAACAGCAUCAAAUUUACACUGAUCAUGCUUUGCACAUUUGUUGCUUAGAUACAUCCAAACAUUUAUUUGUGUAUUACUGACUGUACAGUUUUAAUUAUGGGUAUAGUAAAUGAACUAAACUUUGAAAUGCAGCUUAAUUUUUUAAAUAAAAAAAUUCUAUCAUAGAUUAUCAAGAGAAAUACCAAGAACUCCUUGAUAGACAAGAUUUGUUUCAUGAGUAUGAGGAAAAUGGAACAGACUUAUCAGGAGCUGGAGAUCCGUAAGUUCUUGUUUCAGUCUGACAUUUUAAUCUAGGCCUAUCCUGUCUUCAGUUUGUUGUUUGAAAUCCUGAAUUAGGGCACCACUUUUCAAGAGUGCUUUCAUCAAAACUUGACCUUUUAAAAAAAUCAUCUUAUAAACAAUGAAGUUUCUAAUGGGUAUGCCUCACCUCUUGCAAUUUUGCUUCGUUAGCAUUCUCUGGUGCACCAAUCAAAUUAUAUCUGUUUCUACUAAAACAGUGUUGCUUUUGAAAAUAAAAUUUCUGUACAUUCAGGAAAAAACAGCUUGGCUCUGAGCAGAAAGCCUCUUCUGCUUACAGAAUUCCUGUCUCAAACUUCACAGAAGAGCACUGCACAAGAAAAAUGGAAUUAUUGUGAUAGGGUUUCUUCCUUUUGCACAAGAUCAUUUUCCUUUUUCUUAUGAGGACUCCAUAUAUUUAACUGUUUAUAGCUUGAGUCUUCCACACAUGUGUAGAGCAAGCCCUAGUGACUGGAGCACAGACAGUUGCUCACAGGAAAGCAAGACUUGCUUUGCACUUGAGUAUUAAGGUAUUAUUAUUAUUAUUAUUAUUAUUAUUAAUAAUAAUACCAAAGUUAAAUCAUAUGCAAUCUGACCAUUAGGGCUUACUUUGCAGUGGGAAACGGAAUGCACCCUGUGUAUAUACAAGUUGCAGGUGCACUGUACCACAGCUGCAGAAACUUUAUUGUGCAAAGUCUUCCACUAGCACUUGCGCAGCAUUUUGCAAAAUCACACUAAUGAGUAAACUCAUUGCUUUCACACUUCUUUGAAUCCAGUGCUGUGUAAGUUUCUUUUCUGAAAUAUUGCACAACCUUAUUCCAAACACUUGAGCAUUUUGUAAUUAUAAUGCGAUUGGACAGAUGAACUUAGCUUGUGCAAAAUACUUCCAUGUCAUAUCGGCGCAAUCUGUUCUGUUCAUUGUCAAGGGUACAUAUAGGUAUAAAAAUGGGGCUUUGAUCCUGGUGUUUAUCUUGCUCUCAAAAAUGGUGUCUUCUGUGACUGGAAAAGAUAGUCAUCUAACAUAUGGAUUAUUUUGUAGGUAUUUUGAUGAUGAUGAUGAUGACGAUGAGAUGGACCCAGAAAUUGAAGAAGCAUAUGAAAAGUUUUGCUUAGAAUCAGAACGCAAAAGGAAACAGUGAAAUGCUACACGUGAAUAAUAGUGUUGUGUUUUUUUUAAAGAAGAAAAACAAAAACCAGCAUAGGUAUGAAUAGCAAAUAGAAGGGAUGGAAAAUCUUUAAUAUCCAUACCAAACAAAGGAAAUUAAGUUUCUCCUAGCAGUUAAGUUAUGCAAUUUCCAUUUUAUUAAACAGAAUCUGCCAAAAAAAUGUAAACUUAAAUCCUGUAACUUAAACAAGUGUAUAUAUAUAUCAUAGUUUAUUUUAUGUACAGUUAAAUAAACAAUGUUUUGACUGGAACAAAUUUUAUUUCAAACAUUUCACAUUAAUCUGCAAAUCUAAGGGUUGUCGUGGUACAUUAUCACUUUUUUAAGAAAGGAAAAUUCCUAGAAUCAUAAAAUACACUAUGACUUUGCAAUUGUACUUCCUCGCCUUUGUAUAGGAUAUGGCUGUCAUCCUAUAUUUUUUAGGCUCAUGAACUGUCAAAUGUUUCACAAUCAUGAAAACUCCUACUACUCAUCCACCUUGGGGGGAAAUUGAAAAUCUGCACAUAGAGUAUUGCUCUCAAACAGCUAAAUAUGGUAGGCAUUUUAGUUCAUAAAGGUUUUCAAACAAAUUCACUUGGUUAAAAUGUCAGGUUGAUGAUCUCCCAAAAUGCUGGUUCAAUUUAGAUGUCAGGUUAGCGUAAAUGAGUUUGGAGGAACAGGCAUGUCUUCCGCAUUUAUACCUCUUCAGCCCAACCUCACAUUUGAUUCCUUCCUUCUGCCUUUCCUGAUUUACCUUAGCCAUAGUUUGUCAUGAUGCAUAAAUUGAGCAAACUAUGAUUAGUGCUAAUCAGGAUUGCUUACAAAUCAUGGUUUGCAAUCCCACUUCACAGUGACGGAGGGAAAUGGAAGUCUCACACCAUCUCAUCAUUUACUUUCGAGAGAGAGUGAUGUCUCAAUUGAGGAAUUCUAUUUGUUUCCCUCCCCAUUUUCUUUAAAAAAAAAUUUGACAUGAUUCUGUUUUUAGUUCAGUGUUGCACAAUAAUGCGUGUUGCUUUGAACUGUAAUGCUCAGAAAUUGGCAUUUCUGUUACUUCUCAAUUUGGUAAUUUAGAUACCAUAUACAAUCACUUGUAUAGAGCUAAACAGUUUUUAUUACAGAAAAUAAGCCCUAAAUGUUUGCUGGUUAUUGUCCCUUCCCUUUUUAAGCAUCUAUUUUUGUCUUUACGAAAUGUUGCCCAGGAACAUGUCUGGCUUUUUUUUUGGGUUCCUCGUUUUAUAUUGAAUAGAUUAAGUAGAGUCUAUUUCCUAACACAAGAUGUGUGUGUGAAAUUUCCCAAGAAGUAGGUAAAAUAACUUAUGUAAAGACAACAGAGGUUGUAAAUAUGCAUGUAAAUAGUGCUGUUUAAUAUUGCACUGUUAUAACUUGGUACAGUUUGUGUCUGUUAACAAAGUUAGCAUCAUCUACAUCUUUCGGCUGUUAAUUUGUUUAGCUUAUGAACAUCCCAUUUUGGAAAAUAAACUCCUUUGUUUUGUUGGGGU